AAUCACUCUCUGAAUCACAUUAUAUAUUUUUAUAAAAAAAAAAAUUCCACCAAGCUCUAAGCAAAAAAUGGCGAUGGAGCUGAUCAACAACAAAUCGAGACGAGAAAAGAGAACCAUCAUCUCACUCUACCAGCUAAACCCAUCAUUCUACAACAAAAUCGUCUCCCGGAGCUCCUCCGCCAGCAGCUCCGACCAGAUCUCCCGCGGCGGGGUUCCUUUCAUUUGGGAAAUUCAGCCCGGGACGCCGCGGAUCCAGCCGAAAUCGUUGCUCCCGCCGCCGCCGGGGUGGCGGUUCUCCUCCAGGAAAUCUCCGACCACCGCGCCGCGGCUGUCAUCGGCGUCGUCGCACAGCCUGAGGAACCUGCCGGGAGUGUCCGGGCGGAAGAGGAGCUUCCUGGCGAAGCGGAUCAAGAAAUUCGCAUCGGGAAUUUCGGAUCUGGUGGCGGGGAAAUUGAGGAAAAUACCGGGUCGGGUCCCGACCCGGCUGACCGCGGGGCAGAAGGAAAUGGUGAGAGCUUUUUUCUGGAGGAACGUGAAUCGCGCGCACAGGAAGCUGAGGAUCGCCGGGAGGAAGUUCCGGCAGGUGAAGGCUCGGGUUUCGCCGGGAUCGCCGCGCGGGCGGGGGUUCAGGGAGUAUUUCUCCAGAAACGCGAAGUUUCGCCCGGAGAUUUCUCCUUCUUUCUCGGAUUUCUCCGGUUCCGGCAGCGGUGGUUCUUCCUCGUCGUCGUCGUCGGUUAAAUCGCCGCCGAGGUCGCGGUUUGCCCUGCGAUCGAGCCCGAGCUUGGGGAAGAAAUUGUCAACGAAGUGGACUAAAAGCCUGAAGCUGUUGAGACGGGGAGGUUAAUUAGUUUUAGUCAGAUGAUGGGCCUAAAGCCCUUCAAUUAGAGCUUUUUCUGAGUUAGUUAAGAGAAUUGGGCCUGGAAACCAAGCCCAGUGGAGAACUGCAGAUGUACAGUGUAAGCCAAUAGAACGUUAUGGAAUAAGAAAAUCAAAAGGACUUUUUUUGGUUCUAAUGUAUACAUUGUGAGAUGGACUGAAAUUUAAUCGUUAACUAUUGAAAGAAAGUCGCCAAUUGAU